CGAAUUCCGUAAUUUUGCAUUCCACAUCCCCCCCCCUUGAAUCUUGAUCCGACUCCGACUCCGACUCGUGGAAGCUACGUCUGAGCGCUGCGUGGAAGGCAGGUGACACGGCAAUGACACCGCCACGAUCCAAACUCCCUUCCCUUAAUUCUCUACUACUUCUUCUUCUUCUUCUUCUUCUUCUUCUUCCUCCUUGUUUUCUCUAACAUCCUCCCCCUUCUCGCUAUGCAACCGCCUACCGGAUCUGCCUGAUCUCCGAUUACAGAGGGUUGUUCGGGUUCGAUACAAAUGGCGGAGGUCGCUAAGGUGUUGUAUAUUGUGGUUCUGGAUUAUGAAGAACAGCUAAAGAAAGAGAAGGAGUCUUUCCGCUAUACUCGGCCUGUUUUGCAGAGCACUCUGCAGCUCAUGGGUUGCAAAGCACGACAUGCUUUCAAGAUAAGCCAAAGGGCUUUUGAGUUGAUACAGAAAGGUGGUUAUGGUGUGCUUCCUGAAGGGUCUGGGAUAAGAUCUUCUGAAAAAGAAUGUGUUAGUAAUUGCGAUGUGCGCUUUGCUGAAACUGAGGUUUGGAAUCAUCUAAAUUCGUCUAAAGACAGUGAAAAUAAAAAAAUUCCAUUUGAGCUAUAUAAAAGGCGCACGACUGUCUUUGUAAGAAGAGCAAGCUUCUUGGAUGUUGUAUGCAAAGCUCUGGAAGAAUACAAGUACGUGAGUCCCAACCAGAGGGCUGACUUGCUUUUAGCGUGCAGAAUCCGAGAAAGGAAGGAAUCUGUAACUGUACUAUUAUGUGGUACUAGUGGCUGUGGCAAAUCUACUUUGUCUGCACUGCUGGGUAGCAGGCUAGGAGUAACGACUGUAAUAUCAACUGACUCAAUUCGGCAUAUGAUGAGGAGUUUUGUAGAUGAGAAAGAAAAUCCUCUGCUCUGGGCUUCAACUUACCAUGCUGGGGAAUUUUUGGAUCCAGUAGCUGUUGCUGAAGCUAAGGCGAAAAGGAAAGCUAAAAAGUUGGCAGGAAAGCCUCAUUCAUAUCCGAAGGAUGAAGUACUUGAUAGUUCUUCCAUUGGAAGAUAUGAUAUUCAACCAUCGGAGCUCAUCAGUCCAAAGCAGAUGGCUGUUGAAGGAUACAAGGCACAGAGUGAGAUGGUGAUUGACAGUCUUGAUAGGCUGAUUACUGCAUGGGAAGAGCGGAAAGAAUCGGUGGUUGUUGAGGGCGUUCACUUAAGUCUAAACUUUGUGAUGGGGCUUAUGAAGAAACAUCCAUCCAUUAUACCAUUCAUGAUUUACAUCACUAAUGAGGACAAGCACUUGGAAAGAUUUGCGGUGAGAGCAAAGUAUAUGACACUUGACCCAGCUAAGAACAAAUAUGUGAAGUAUAUACGAAAUAUUAGGACAAUACAAGAAUAUUUAUGCAAGAGGGCUGACAAGCAUCUUAUUCCUAAAAUAAACAAUACCAAUGUUGACAAGAGUGUAGCUGCCAUCCAUGCAACGGUGUUCAGCUGUCUUCGCAGGCGUGAAGCAGGUGAACAGCUAUACGAUCCUGUGAGCAAUACUGUUCCUAUAAUUGAUGAGGAAUACAGGAACCAGUGUGCAGCCAAUUCACUGAGCUCAAAGUGCAUGUUUCAACUCAUCCAGAGGAAAGGUUCCUCUAGGAACCUGAUGGCUUUGGUUAAUACGGAUGGAUCCGUGGCUAAGGCUUGGCCUGUUGAUCCAACUGAUACAAGUGGGAAGCCUUUAUUAGGCCCGAGGGCUGAGAAUGGAUUGGGGAUUCCAAUGUAUGGUCCAUUGCAGAUUGAUAAAGCUGAACCUGUUAAUCUUCAAUUUGGUUUCUAUGGCAUCAGUGCUUGGCCAACUGAUGGUGGGACAAGCCGUGCAGGAAGUGUUGAUGAAUCCAGGGCAGAUGGGACCGAUAAUAGUAGAUACGUUUCUUCUUGCUGCAGCUCACCAAGGUUUUCCGAUGGACCUUCCAAGGAGCUCAAGGAAGACAUCUCGGUGCAUGGUAGCGACGAAGAGGUUGAUGAUCCUCAAGAGCUUGGCAGCGAUGAAGACUAUAGUGAAGAUGGUGACAAACAGAUUCAUGAAGAGAUAGGCUCUGUGGAUGAGGAGUCGACAAAAUCAGAUGAAGAGUAUGAUGAUCUCGCGAUGCUGGACGUGCAUCAGGGUUACUGGUCGGAUGAUGACAUGGAAUACAAGGACAGGGCUGGACCUGUUUAUAAGGAGCCAAGGAGUGCUCGAGCUGUUGAUAGGUAUCGCCAGAACUUGGACCUUUUCCUGCGGUCUAAAAGUGAGUCAUCCAAGUCGCUCUGCUCUUAUUCUUCUCUUCUUAAAGAGAAAGAAAGGAAUUUACGAACUUCUGGUUCUAUGAAAUUGAGAAAACGUUCACUUAGUAUUCCAGCCAUGAGAAAGCAUGGUUCAGCUAUUGACGGUCCCAUAUUAUCUGGAGCUCCUCAGCGGUAGGGGUAGCUCAAGAAUUUUGCAUAGGUUUUAGUUUUCUUUAUUGAUCUCUCUAUGGUUGCCUUUUACUGGAAUUUAGCUUAAGACUACGUGGGUACAAACACCCACUCCACACCCCCUUCUCGGGGGUAAAAAACUGACUGUACAGAGUGAUUUUUCUUGUAAUUGACUUGCUUCGUGUUGCAGCG